AUGAAAUUCUUGAGCAUUGGAUCCUUUUUGGCUUUGUCCGGCUUAGCUGCUGCCGGCAAUUUGCAUCAUGGUGGAGCCAGCAGUUAUACCACCGUCGUCAAACAUGGCGAUAGUUAUGGUCAUGGUGGUCAUGGACAUGGUUGGUCUGCACAUGGAAAUGCUGGUUAUGGUCAUGGUGGUGCUGAUUAUGGUCAUGGUGUUGCUUAUUAUGGUCACGGUGAUGCUGGUUAUGACCAUAGUCAUGAUUAUCAUUCAUAUCCUCAGUAUGAAUUCGCAUACGGAGUUAAGGACUCAAAAACUGGUGAUAUGAAAGAUCAAUGGGAACACAGAGAUGGUGAUCAUGUCAAGGGCAGUUACACCCUAAAGGAAGCCGAUGGCACCACUCGUGUUGUUGAUUAUCAUGCCGAUGGUCAUCAUGGUUUCAAUGCCGUGGUCAAGAAAUUGGGUCAUGUCCACCAUCCUGAAACUUAUCAUCAUCAUGGUGCUUACUCUGGUCAUGAUUAUGGUCACGGAUAUGGUCAUGGUCAUGCUACUAGUUAUGCCAAAGUCAAGUUACAUUAG